AAUGGAAAAACGUAAAUGUUAAUUGCAAUUAGUCCCCAAUGAUAAAAACUGGCCCAGUCUGCAGGGCCGCACCGCCGCACUCUCUCGUACACACCUCGACCAAUAAGAUUUUGACGACCUCAGUUCCAUGACCUAUGACCAUAUGACCGUAUCCGAAGGAGUUGAGCCCGCAAUCUCCGCCGAUGAACCCGUAGCAUGGCCCCUAAAGCUCUUCUGCGACUGCAUCACCAACGAUCGCGCCGACCUUCAAAAAUUCCUGUCUUCAGACGUACUUCUAGUCCGACUCUGCAGAGCUCAGACCCACGAAUAUAUUGUUAUGCUCAUGGGCACUGCCGGUCUAGAGUACCUAGGCGGGAAAAACGUAUGGAUUCGAUGCGAACGACGUCCAACCCUCAUACGCCUUGCAUCACUCCCGUUUCAGGACCCUCGCGCCUCCGACACCUUGACGGUAUCGUUCCACGAAGCCAAACUUUCCCGGAUCAACACAGCCCCAAUAAUCACCCAUCAGAAUCUAUUGAAGAGGGUGAUUAAAUUUGUGGGACCAGAUACCGAACGCCAGACAGAGGCCGUCACUCGCAUGUUUAUCGCGAAGACAGGCCCAACUCAUUCAGAAAGGCGGUUUCUUCGUUUCCGACCCACACCUUCACGGUCCGUGUCACUGGAGUCAUCCCAAACUUCCGACCCUCCAACCCUGCCAUCAUUUAUGUUCGAGUCCCCCCUAGAGGAAUGUUUUCAAAUAGGAGAUAUACCCGAGUCACCUAAACACUGGCAUUCCCAUCUGUCUCUUGCAUUGGAAUCAUCUGACCUUGAGACCAAGAUCGUGUUCUUGGUCACAUACAGAGCUUUUGCACAUGGCAUAGCUGUGUUGGACGCCCUCAAGAUCGCCUCGCGUUCCAACGCUCACUCUCUACUGCCGGCUAUCCAGAUAGCUAAGCUCUGGUCAAUGGAUGCUUUCAAGGACCGUCAUGUUGAAGCCUCCGUCAGACAGUGGGUGGUCUGCAAUACUUCAGCCUUGGCUGCCGCAGAUGCCCGGCACAUGCCUGCAGAACUAGUAUUCCUGAACUAUCCUACCCUUGGGCCCCCACGUCAAAGGGAUGACAGGAAAAUCGCGGACAAGUUGCGUUCUCGAAGGCGCAGCGUCAUGCGGAAGGUUAUUGCAGCGUUGCGUCAACGGGAGAUGGACAUGAGGGAAAGGCUUCUUCCCCUAACUAUCAUGGAGUGGCUUGAGUGGGUGUAUUCACCCCGCGCAAGGGAAUGGUCUCGUCAACCCGGGCCUCAGCUCUUCAAUACGUCCGAAGAGAUAUAUUACUGGGUCCUGAACACCAUCCUCUGCAAUGAUUUCGAGAAGCGGAAAGAAUGGUAUAGAUGUUUCUUGAAACUAGCGGAUCGCUGUCAACGGGAUGGGAAUUAUGCUUGUAUGUGCGCAAUCAUGCAAGCCCUGAAUUCCGACCAUAUUCUGAAAGACGCAGAAGGGAAGUUCCGAGUCCUCUUCCAGGAGUCUCUCGGGCGUAUUGAGGAAUCGAAGAAGAGAUUCGACAUUGCGGGCCCAUGCCUUUACCCACUCGAUGCCCUCCGUGAUAAUUUACGCGACUCAUUCGUAGCUGCAUCAUCAGAUGAGGAUGGGAGCGUAAAGUGGUCGGCAUGUCGCAAUUUAUUCACAAAGCUUAUCCGGAUCAACGCCACGGGAGCGGCAACACGAUCAUCGCCGGAUCUGAGCGAGUUCCUUGACAAGCAAAUCGAGGAGGGUUCAAGAAAUCGAGCUUCAAUCGCCGAACGAGCGGCAAGACUGACGAACAACGAUGAAGCCCAGUGUCGCGCAUGGCAGAGCGCUUUCAUGUAUUGAUUAUUUAUUCUGUCUUUGCUCUGUGGGUUUUUUUUUUCGGACAGGUCCCUUUGUCUUUUUGGGCUGCUGAAUCUUUACCAACUACACACUCGUGAUAGUACCUUGUAUUUUAGCACCACCUCAUCCACGAUACCGAUAACUCGCACGUUUUUUUUUUUUUUUGGUUUUCCAUGUUCAACCUGGGUG